AUGGAGGAUGACAACUUUAGAGGUGACAUUACGGAGGAUGAAGAUUUGAGAGGUGACAAUAGUGAAGGUGUUACUAAUGUCGCUACUUGGCAGAAGAAUGAUGACGACUCGAGUGAUGCUGCUGCUACUUUAGCUGCUGCUCUUGCCUCGGCCUAUGGGGGGGUGGACGAAGGAGACGAGGAGAUGGGGGAGGAGGAAGAGGAGGAGGAAGGAGCAGAGGAAGCAGAGGAAUCAAAGGGUGCAGAGGGAACAGAGCGAGCAGAGGAAGCAGAGGGAACUGAGGGAACAGAGGGAGGAAGGGAAUCAGCGGGAGCAGAGGGAACAGAGGGAGCAGAGGGAACAGAGGAAACAGAGGGAGCAGAGGAAGCAGGGGAAGCUGAGGGAACAGAGGGAGCAGAGGAAGCAGCGGGAGCGAAUGAUUUGGUGUGUGGCGAUGCAGAGGACAUGAGGCGUGGGGAAGAAGAGAAGGAAGAGGACGAGGAGGAUUUGGUGGUUGGUGAAGCGGAGGAGAUGAGGCGAGUGUGGGAGGCUGCUGCUAAGGCGAGGCAAGCCAAGAGGCAAGCGCAGUGGCACAUGGAGCAGCAGCGGCAGCAACAGCAGCAGGGGCAGCAGCAGCGGCAGCAACAGCAGCAGGGGCAGCAGGGGCAGCAGCAGCGGCAGCAACAGCAGCAGGGGCAGCAGCGGCAGCAGGGGCAGCAGCAGCAGCAGCGGCAGCAACAGCAAGGGCAGCAACAGCAGCAGCAGCAGCAGCAGCAGCAGCAGCAGCAACCGCAGGGACAGGAGCAGCAGUGGCAGCAGCAACUGCAGCACCAACAACAACGGCAGCAGCACCACCACCACCACCACCAGCAGCAGCACUCCCAGCAGCGGCAGCAGCAGCACCACCACCAACAACAACAACACAACCAGCAGCAGCAGCACCAGCAGCAGCAGCAUCGGCAGCAGCAGCAGCAUCAGCACUACCAGCAGCAGCAGUGGGUUGAGGCUGAGAGUCUUAGCAGCGAUGAGGACAAGGGUCAAGAAGAGCUCGCUGGUAGCAGCUCUAGCAGCCCUGAGGACAGCAGUCAUGCUGAACUCUCCUCGUUUGUUGCUGCCUCGUUUGGAGGUGCUUCGUUUGGUGCUUCUUUGUUUGGUGCUGCUUCGUUUGGAGUCAAGGGAGUCAAGGGAGUGAAAGGGGUCAAUGGAGUGAAGGGAGUAAAUGCAGUCAAGGUUACAGGUAGAGGGGCAGAGCAGGGAGCAGAGCAAAGAGCAGAGCAGAGGGCAGAGCAGAGGGCAGAGCAGAGGGCAGAGCAGAGGGCAGAGCAGAGGGCAGAGCAGAGGGCAGAGCAGAGGGCAGAGCAGAGGGCAGAGCAGAGGGCAGAGCAGGGAGCAGAACAGAGAUCAGACGCCUCCACUGCUAAGGCUAGGGCGAGCAGGCGUGAAGCAGCUGCUGGGCGUUCAGCUGCUGCAGGAGGUGCGGGGAGGGGUGGGGAUGGUGGGACUGUUGGGAUUGGUGGGAUUGGUGGGACUGGUGGGGGUGCUGCAGCAGGUGGGGGGACUGGUGGUGCAGUUAGGGGUGGCAGCAGUGGGUCAGAAGGGAGCUUUGAGGCGCGGGUUUUCAGAGCGUCUGCAGCCCAGCGGGCUUCUGGUGAAGGGAUGAUGGGAGGGCGGAGAGUGGUAGGUAAGAGAGGAGCAGACGGGUCAGCAGAAAGGGCAGGAGAAGGGGCGGCAAAAGGGGCAGCAGAAGGAAUGUACGCAGCAGUUGACGGGGUGACAGAAGCAGCUGGUUACAGAAAGGCACAAAAUACAAAAGCAGCAGAUACGGCAACGGCUGUCGCUGCAGCAGAGAGGAUCGGGGGGGAAGCGGGAGCAAGCAUGGGCGCAGCAGGAACUGAGAGAAAGACAGCAGCAGGAGAAGCUGCAGACACUACAGGAGCAGCGGACAGGAGAGGGGUUGGAGCUGCAGAUGGGAGAGGGGUUGAAGCAGCAGAGAGGAAUUGCGUAGGAGUAGCAGGCAGGGGUUGGGUCGAAGCAGCAGCAGCAGCAGCAGCAGCAGCAAAAAUGGAUGUGGAGAGAGAGGGAGGCACAGCAGCAGGAGCAGCAGAGGAAGAGGAGCAGCGGCAGGGGAGUUUGAGUGGAGAGAAGAGGGAAAGGCGGAAUGGGUUAAGAGAGACUCAAGAUCUAACUGGAGGGUCCGAUGGAGGGCACAAAACGCCAAAGAAGCAAAGGAGGGAUGAUGGAUUGAAGGAUGGUCGGAUGACGGAUGGUGGGAUGAAGGGUGGAGUAGACAAGACGGAGAAGAGAGAGAGGGAGGUUGCGGUCGAGAGGGCAUCUGGUCUAAAGGAGCAGCUGAGAGCAUCAGUCCACACUGACCUUGCCAAGCGCAUGGCAGGGUGCCGUGACUUUGCGUCAGUCCUUGAUAAAAUCGGGAUAAAAGUGGAUGGCAUGCCGCAACCAUCCACUCAGCAGGUUGAAGCAUCUUUCAAGAAGGCGCUGCUUCGGUAUCACCCGGACCGGAUGGCGAGGCUCGGAGCAGGGGCGGACGUUCGGAAGCAGGUAGAGGCAGAGGAGACCUUCAAGAUGAUGCUGGAGAAGAAGAAAACGCUUCCCCUUGUUGCACCACCGCCUGCCCCACCUGCUGCUGCCCCAGCUUACCCAGAUUUUGGUCUGCCCAAGUAUCACAAGUUUGGCAGGAGACGUUAUUAUUACUAA